GUAAAUUUGAAAGUCGAUACGAACAAUAAUCUUUGCAGUUGCAGUUAACAACAUAAAAUAUUUCAAAUGUGCUAAUAGCGACUAAAUUUACCUCAGAUUGUGAAGAACUAUUCGAAGCAGUAGCUAUUUCUCAAAAUGUUCACACAGGAUAUAUUUUCUUCAAGGACAGUUUCGAAGAGUGCGACAAUGGUUUUCGACAAAAAAUUGUAUAUUUUGACUUUAUUUGUAAUAAUGUUCGUCGGGUUAAGCCAAGGCGUACCAGCUGGCGGACACCAUAAUACAAAUUUCUACUGCCCGGAUUUUCAGCCCCAAAAAAGUCUCGACUUGGAGCAGUUAAUGGGCAUGUGGUACGGCAUAGAGAUAGUGCAGCAUCGGCACGACGGCCAUAACGAAGGCAAGAAGGUGCUAGACACAUGUCCAGUCCUGCACUUCACGCGCAUGCGCAAUGAUCAAUUGCGUCUGUUUUGGCAUGAGGACGUGGGCACCCUCGAGUACUUCUUCAGCAUUCCCGACCCCUACAACCCGGGAUUCUGGAUUAGCAGUGGACCGCAGAAUGGCACACUGAUCCGCAAAUCAUAUCGGCAGUUCGCGGGAACCGUGCAGGUGAUGAAGGCAGUUGGCAGCCAUGUUGUGGUGACGUUCUGCUCGCCCAACUCAGAGCUGUUCAGUGUCAUCCUCUCGCGCCACAAGCAGCUAGAUCUCAUCGAGAUCCGCGGCGUCAAGAAUAUGCUGACUAGGCGCGGUCUCGCCAUCGUUGGAACACGGGAAGCCUGCCGGAACCACGCUUUUGCCUUAACUGCUAGCAACUUAUUACUCAUGUUAAUGGGGGUUCUGGCUUUGAAGGGUGUUGUUUGGUAGUUUGAAGAGCACAGGGGUUUGUAUUGAAAGAAUUUGAAAGUGUUCUGAUGAGGGGUUCAGGAAACCAUUCUAAUGGUUUAAAAGAACAGGCAGCUAUUAGAAAGAGAAGUUGUUUUGAUAGCGUUUGGAGUGAUCUGGAGGUAUAGGAGAUUAUUUUUGAGGGGUAGAGGGAUUGGGUUUUGGUAUGGUACUAUUAAGCCGUGUCCACAUUGAACAAAUGUUCGACGAACAUGAUUGUUGAAAAAGUUUGAGAAAAUUUUACUGUUUGACAAACAAUGUACGUGUCACCAAACAAAAUAUUUGUAAGUGGGAAGAACAGGUAUUAUGUUUUACAGCUGUCAACACUGAAAAUGUUUGGAAAAACAGAAAUUAUUUGUUUGACAAAGAAUGAUUGUCCAAACUUUGUAAAAUGUUUUUCCCUGAGCUCCUCAACAAACAUGUUCGCCGAACAUGUAUGUCGAACAUUGUUCAGUGUGGACACGGCUUUAGUUUCGGGGUUUUAUGGGUUCGAAGGUGUUUAAACGUGAUCUUGAGGUUCGCGAGUCUGUUUUAAUAGGUUUUGAUGAGUAAUGAUUGUCUUUUAAGUGAUCUGGGGGUCUAGUGGACCAUUUUUGAGGGAUGAAGGGGAUAGGUUUUGAUACUAUUAGUUUUGGGUGUAAUGGUUUAAAAGGUGGGUGGUUGUUUUAAGAGAACGAGGGGUUUGUUUUAAAAGUAAUCUGAGGGUUUGGGAGUCUGUUUUAAUGGUUUUGAAGGGGUUUAGGAGACUAUUUUCAUGGUUUUGACGAAACGGAGUCUUCAAAGGUGAAAUAACAAGUUCAUUAGUGUAUUGUUUUUGAUGAUUAUUGAGUAUUACUGGUUUGACAGGGUAAAAAGGGUUUAAAAGAUUAUCAAUAUAAAUUUCUAUGAUAUGUAUAAUGCUCUAGAGAAUAUUUUCUUAUGUUACCGUCUACUUCUAUCUACCAGUAAUCUACUACAUAAUUUGAAUUCUAUGUAAAUCAAUAACAUUUAUGUUUUGAUAGAAGUCUCACCUAGAGCUUUCCAUUUGAAGCAUUGAGUGAUUUAAGUAGAAGUAGAAAUAGUAGGAAAAUUGCAGGUAGAAUACACUUUUAUACUUGUAUGACAAAUUAAUAAUAUUGUAGAUAGAUAGAUAGGCUGCCUUUAUUUUAACCUGGAGGGCGAAGUUAGGGCGCAGAUAAUGAGAAGGAAAGGGAAAAUCUGUAGUUGGAAAUUCACAAGAUCUAAAUCAAAUUUUCUUCUUAGCAUAAUGCACUUUCAAUAUUAUUUUUCAAUAGUGGUUAUUAGUUCUUGAAUAUGAAUCAGCUCUUGCUUUAUGCAACUGUACAAUAAUUUUGCAGCUUGGUAUGAGAAUAGACCCCUUGUAAAAAUAGCAGGCAAAGAAUCACUACAAUGUAUCAUAAGAAGAUUGAACAUGAAAAGUAUUGAGUUAAGAAAUAAUGUAUAUAAUAAGUCAUUGAGAAUUGACGACAAUUCUAAUAUAGUACUUCACAAUAAAUUGUACAUUACUUACAUAAUAAGCACAAACUCUAUUGUAUUAUAACGCUAAUAUUGAAUCAGAAGAUUUAUUUAUAUAGAAAGCUGUGUUUCUAUUUUUAAUAAUAAACGCAAUACUGUUGUGAAA